AUGGGAACCAAAACUCCUCAAAACGAACAUCGUAGGAACGACGGAGACUUGCCAAACUCGGAUGGAUCUUAUGGCGUCGGCGGCGAGCCUCGAGGCUCUCACAUGUCCAGAGACGGCGAUGGGUGUCUCGGCGAUGUUGGGGGAGGGGAUGACGACGACGGCGAUGGCGCCAGCGAUGCAGAGGCCGAGGCAACAACCCUGGGAUCGCUAGAAGCGGCAUUCUUGACUACCGAUGGUGCAGACGCACAGAAGAAACGAAAGAAGCCCAAGAAGAAAAGCAAGAAGAAGAAGAAAGUGCCGGCGCCGGCCUCUGUCGAGCAGUCGUCGCCACCGACAGUCUUGCUGAGCGACCUCUUCUCAUCUGGCCAGUAUCCCGAGGGCGAGAUACAGAGCUACACCGAAGCACGCACAGCCGCUGCUGAAGCGCGUCAGGAAGCUCGUUCCCAUUGGCAAGAUGAUUCUUUCCUUCAGAACUACCGCAAGGCCGCCGAGGCGCACCGCCAAACUCGACAGUGGGUGCAAGAAUGCGUGAAGCCGGGCCACACUCUCCUGGAGGUUGCGGAAGGCAUCGAGAAUAGUGUCAGGGCUCUACUUGGUCACACAGGACUGGAGCCUGGAGAUAGCCUCAAGGCCGGCAUGGGCUUCCCCACGGGACUCUGCCUCAACAAUCAGGUCGCGCAUUACACGCCCAAUCCGGGCCAGAAGGACGUCGUGCUCCAGCAAGACGACAUCCUAACGGUCGACUUUGGUGUCCAUAUCAACGGCUGGAUUGUCGACAGCGCCUUCACCAUGGCCUUUGACCACACCCACGAUGACCUCCUAGCCGCGGUUAAGGAUGCCACUAAUACGGGAAUAAAGACUGCCGGAGUCGACGUGCGCAUCAGUGAUGUGAGCGCUGCGAUCCAAGAAGUCAUGGAGAGCCACGAGGUGGAAAUCCGUGGCAAGACGUUCCCCGUCAAGCCAGUGCGCAAUCUCUCGGCCCAUGACAUCAAGCAGUACCGCAUCCACGGCGGCAAGUCCAUCCCUUUUGUGAAGAACUCGGACCAGACCAAGAUGGAAGAGGGCGAGGUCUUUGCCAUCGAGACAUUUGGCACCACAGGCCGUGGCUAUGUGGUGGACGAUGUAGGAGUAUAUGGGUAUGGGCUGAAUCACGACGCACCGCUGUCGACACCUCUGUCCCUGGCCUCUGCGAGACGUCUGCAUCGGACGAUCCGCGAAAACUUUGGCACCAUACCGUUCUGCCGUCGCUAUCUCGAGCGACUCGGCGUCGAGAGGUAUUUGGCCGGCGUGAGUCUAUCCCUAACCUUCUCGUUGUCUCCAUCUCUAGAGAACACAAACAGAAGUCGAAAACAGUCUGCAUUGAUGACUUGA